AUGUAAGCCAAAGUAAAAUUUCCUUUUUCAUAAAUCUAAUUCCUAACAUAUGGUGUAGAAGGUUAAGUUUACAAAAUUAAAAAGGAACAUUCAGGUGAGGUUUUAACAGCUAUAUAUCUGAAUGAAAAAUUAGAAGAAUCAGAAAAAUAAUAAUUGGAAAUAAUUUAUUCCAGCAAGUUUAAUCACAUCAUUAAAAUAAUUGAUUUUUCUUAAAAAUUAAACUAAGAUAUUUUAAUUAUGGAAUGUGGAGAAUAAUCAUUAAAAAAAUUAAUAGAAACAGAUAUAUUUUAGUAAUAAUCUCAUGAAUAUAAAAAUAAGUUAUUUUUAUAAGUAAGUUUAAAAUUGUAAAUUAGACUCUUUUGGGAGUGGAGGAGUUUUAUAGCUUAAAUGAUAUUCAUAGUAAUUUGAAACCAUAUAAUUUUUUAUGUUGUUCUGGAAAUUAAUCAAUAUAAAUAAAAUUGAUUGAUUUUGGACUUAAAGAAUCUGAAUAUAGAAAACACCUUUAUGUAAGAGGAACUGAUUAUUAUAUGGCACCAGAAGUAAAACAUAGAAAUCAUUAUGAUUAAUCUGCAGAUCUUUGGUCUCUUGGUGUCAUUUGGUAUGAAAUGUUAUCUGGAGAUUUAGAAAUCUUUAGUAAUUCAUUUAAUUGAAUAUAUAUAGAAAUAUUUUAAUUAACUUAACUUGAAUUAGAUGAUAAUAUUAAUCUAAAUGAUAAGAUAGAUGUUAAGGAAAAAACAAUUAUAUCGAAAAUAUUACUGUUCCAGCCAGAAAAAAGAAUGAAAUUAAAUCAAUUAAUUUCAGAAAUUAGAAAUCUAUGUUUAAUAAAAAAUAAAUAAUAAGAGGAAAAAAUUGAAAUCAUAAAGGAAAGUGUCUAAUGUUAAAUAGAGAGUUAGAUAAAUACUUCAAAUAUUGACAGAAAUAGAAAUUAAAUGUAUGAAACAAUAUUUUAGGAAGGUAAAAUUUAAUAUUAAGUAUAUUAGGUUAAAACUUAGUUAACGAGGGAUAAUAUGAAUAAGCGUUGAAUAAGUUAAAUACCUUAAUAAGUUUGAAUAAAGAAAACGCAGAUUUGUAUGUAUGGAAAGGUAAUUUCAAUAAUAUUUAUAUUUUAGGGAUUGCAUUAUAGAAUUUGAAUAAAUAUUUAGAAGCAAUCGAUUGUUAUGAUAAAAGUAUUUCCAUCAAUCCAAGAAAUGAUAGUGCUUGGAACAACAAAGGUAAUUAAUUGAUCAACAUCAUUGUUUAGGAUUUGCAUUAUAGAAUUUGAACAAAUAUUUAGAAGCAAUCCAUUGUUACGAUAAUAGUAUUUCCAUCAACCCAAGAAAUAAUAGCGCAUGGUUCAAUAAAGGUAAUAUUGUAUUUAUUUCAGGUUCUUCACUAUUUUAAUUAAAAGUAUUUUCUGAUGCAAUAGUAUGUUUUGAUAAAGCUUUAUCAAUUUUCAAAAAUCCAUUAUAUUUUGAAAAAAAAGGUACUUAUUAGAUAGUAAUUUUCAGCUGAUUCAUUACUAGAAUUAAAAAAUAAAAAAGAAGCUAAAAUAAUGUAUUCGUUUGCUUUAGAAUUAGGGUCAAAAAAUUAAAUUUAUAUAUAAAAUUAACUUUCAAAAUUAUGA